AUGUCAAAGCAUAUAGUGGCAGCCCUCCAAAUUGGGGCAUCACCCAAAGGUACGCAGUUCACAGUUGACAAGAUUUUGAGUUAUGAAGAUCAAGUGAGAGCUCUCAACGUCGAAUUAGUAGUGUUGCCUGAGGCUACACUCGGAGGUUAUCCUAAGGGCUCUACUUUCGGCACUUACAUGGGAUAUCGCACAGAUAGUGGGAGAAAGGAGUUUGCUGAGUAUUACAAGAAUGCAAUUACAAUUCCUGGGCCUGAAGUAUCACAACUAGAAGGGUUCAGCAGCCGUACUGGAGCAUUUGUUGUAUGUGGGGUAAUUGAACGUGACAAUUCAACGUUAUAUUGUACCAUGGUAUACAUAGACCCUGUCAGUGGGUAUGUGGGUAAGCAUCGGAAACUUAUGCCAACUGCUGCUGAAAGAUUGGUUUGGGGACAAGGUGACGGAUCAACUCUUUACGUUGCUAGUUCUGAAAAAUUGGGUAACAUUGGAGGGGCUAUUUGCUGGGAGAACUUUAUGCCCUUGCUUCGAGCAUCAUUUUAUGCCAAGAACUUGAACAUUUGGGUUGCUCCCACUGUUGACGAACGUGAGAUAUGGAGAUCUUUGAUGAAGACAAUUGGAUUUGAAGGUCGUCAAUUUGUUGUUUCUGCAGUUCCCUUCUUGGGAACUCCUGAAGAAGUUGGCUUGAACGUUCCAACGUGGGAUAAGGAAAGAAACUGUAUCAAUGGUGGUUCUGUGAUUGUCAACCCGUAUGGAGAUAUUAUCGCUGGCCCUUUAAUUGGAGAGGAAGGAAUUCUUCACGCUGAAAUAGACUUGGAUAUAAUUCCUGAAUCACGGUAUGACUUUGAUGUUUCUGGACAUUACGCUAGAAGCGACGUUUUUCAACUAACGGUUGACGAGUCUCCCAGAUCCAAUGUGGAAUUUAAAACUAGGUAA